UCCAAAAUCGUUUGGAAAGUGAAUGCAAAUGGCGGUUGUUAUUGUGAUCGAAAAGUUUAGUGGACGAAUAUUUUUGUAAAUCGGUGUGCGAAUGCAAUAAUUAACUAAUCACUUAUUGUUAAAUCGUAAAAAUAAUGUAAUAAUUAUGAGGAUGUGAAUAUAGUGACGAUAUAUGAGUAUCGUAUAAGCAAUUUGUCGUUUUGCAAAGUGGUACUCGUUCAUUCAUUCGUUAUUACAUCGGUUCUGCGUGAAUUUGUGUAUAAAUGUUGAUACAAUUAUUGAGAAUGUCAAAUAUCAGACAAAGCUCAGAGACAAACGGCACCCUAAGGUCUUGAUAUAAACUAUUACCCUAUUAAAAUUACGGUUAAUUAGAAUUACUUUACUGAGUGAAAAUAUAUUAAAGAAAAUAACAAGAAUUGUAAGCGAUUGGUUGGUUGCACAAAUUAUUAAGCGAGAACGCUUCGUAGUGAAACUCCAUGAAAGGCGGCGCCAUUGAUAAGUGGUGGUGUGGCAAUUCCUUGAUAUCUGUUGGAAGACAAACCAACGUGGAGGAUGUCGAAAAACAUUUUAAAAGUGUAAAUUGAACAAUAUUUCCGUGUAUUUUUUUAUUGGUGUAAAAUAACAUAUUCUCAUAAUUACUUCGGCAAGAUAAUAAGUCUACACUUACAUAUACAUAUGUGCUAUAAAACUUUUGGCUGAUAUAUGUACAUAUAUAUAUAAAUGUGUAAUGCAAUACAUUGGUCCUGUUUCCCUUUUUGGGAUAUUAUUUUAUUUUGAUCAAAAGAUGACAAUGCUGGUUUAUAGAUGUAUCGGUUAAUUGGUGAUGUAAAAUAAUGAAAAAUAAUAUAUUAAACUAUUAAGUAAAAAACGCAAAUGCCUAGAAAAAAGUGUGUGAAGUGCAAACAUGCAUCAAGAAAGGAGGAAACUUUAUGUGAUUUGUUGCAAAGUUUAUUUCAAGUAAUUUACAAAUAAUAAUAAAAGUGGUGUACUAAGAAGUGAAGGGGAUUCAGAAUACCCAUAAAAAUACAAGUUGUACUUUUUACACUUAAAAUAAUAGAUGUUAUAUUGCAAUUAUCACUCUUAAUUUUUAAACCUCUGCCUAGUGUGAUUGUCGUGUGAUGAUAUGCAACUUAAACAGCAGAUUGAAUCGUGCGUGCGGAUAACAGUGCAAAUCCCGAAGGAUGCGGCGCAACGGUUACGCCAGAUGGCAGCGGAGGGCAAUCCAGCCCUCCAUGCUCUCGGUAUUAUGUCUGUGCAGUUGGAUGGCGACUCUGUGAUAUCCAUCAAAUUACCCGGCCAGGAGAUCAAUUUAAAAACCAUUGAUAAUGACGUGGAAAGUUCAAUGAAUCGAACGGGUGAGGCGUUGGGCGGUUUUACACAAUUGUUGGACGCGGGGGGCAGUGCGAUCGGGUCUCUUAGCGAGCAGUUAACAAGUGGCACAUUUAUGCAAUCACAAAUGCAAUGUCGCAUACCUGUACAAAAUACCAACCUUGCCACCAAACAUGUCCUUUCGUCAUCACAAGUUCAGCAACAUCAGCAAGUACAGGAAAGGCGUAAUAUGCUGUUGGGAGGGCCUAGUACAAGUAGUGCAGCACAAGCUCUUCUACAAAAACAACAUCAUCAAAAUCCAAACCUGCAACGACCAUUAAUUCAGGGCCCACCACUAUUCAAACCGCCAAACACGGUUUGUCCUAUGGAUGGAAAAGUUCCAGUUCCACCAAUACCUUCAAGUUUAAAUAGCGUGUCCAAUAAUAGGGACUAUCCAUUUGUUAGUAUGAGACAAGCUCGUGUUUUACAAGGCCGGGAAAAUGCACUGAAUAGUGGUCUAGUAAAUUCGAAUCAAGCAUAUUCAACAAGUGGUACACAGUCUUUACAAAUUCCACAAAACGGACCAAUGGAGCUUGCAAGUGGUUUGGUAACGUCGCCUAAUGUCCCACUAAAAGUUAUAAAAAAUUCUCCCAACGUGGAACUUUUGCCUUCAACUUCUUUAAUAGGAGGGAAUAAAUCACAGUUUUUGCAACCUCCACCUCCUCCAUAUCCGGGUAUGGGAACAGCAACAUCAAAUGUUAUAAACAAACCUGUCACACAAAUAAAAAAACCAGUGCAAAAUUUUUUGCAAAAAAACAUGGGAGGACCACCAGUUGCGAAUUCUCCAGCAAAUAAUUCUACGACGCCUAUCAACAAUAAUAUUGCAAUUUCUUCUCCCCUACUUGUAAAUUUAUUGCAAAAUGAUGGCAAUACGGGUACAAAUCAAGUGAAAUUAUCGCCUCAAACUCCUUUGACGCAACAGCAAUCGUCGCCGUUACAAUUAGCGAACCAGCAACAUCAACAGUUAAUGGGUUCACCAAUGCGAACACAAUCUACACUUAAUGAUACAUUGCUGGACCACAAACAAGUUCAACAACAACAACAGCAAACACAAUUGUUACAUUCGGAAAACCCUUUGAUGGUUACAUCUUCUGCAAUAGGAAUGUCUUUAUCACCCGGCGUUAAUAGCAACAUGAGAAACUUACAGCAACAACAACCACAACAAAUGAUGACAAGUCCUGGAAACAAUUUAUUUGGGCAUCAGCAAAUGCAAUCAAACUUUCAGUCCCAGCAUAUCGCGUCCCAACAAAAUGCUUUCUUGCAGCAACAACGCCAGCAACAGUUGCAGGCAGCUGUUGUUUCGAUUCCAGGUUCUUCACCGCAUCCAUCGCAACGUUUCAUGCAACAACAACAAUCGUUCCAGCAAUCUCAAAUAAUACAUAAUAAUCAGGCCCCUCAGCAGAAUGGUGUUGGUGGAAUGAUGUUGUCAAAUUUACAUCAACAGCAAACACCAAAUAUACGACAGGCUCGUCCUGUAGGCGUAAUGCCAGGACAAAUGACUGUGCAGCAACAACCUCAACAAGUCCAUCCGUUUCUUUCCUCAGGUGGCAUGUCACCUGCGACGUCACAUUCACCUGCCUCCAGCCACCAUUCGAUGCAUAGUCCACUAAUGGGACCACAUCAACAGCAAAUGCUGUCGCCUUCCACAACACCAGUGCAAUCACCUCACUCUCAUACGCCACAUGCACAUAAGCAUAUUGGUCAACAGCAAUCGAAUCUGUUACAACUGCAGCAACAACAUAAUCAAUUACAACAACAGCAAACGUCGAUGAUAUUACCUCCAUCUGCAUCGCCGUCAUCCAACAGUGUUAAUGUUCAUCAAAACCAACAAGUACCUUUAGCGUCGUCUUUACCCGGAGCGAGAUCGACUACUGGUAGCAGUGCCUCUUUGACAAAUGCAAUACCUCCACCACCUGAUUAUAAUCAGACAACUAACGCGACAACACGUUGGCCAGUAGUUAACAAACAAAUGGAUUCUGAAACUAAAAGUAGUUUCCAGGAGUUUGAUCGUUACCAAAUGCAAUACAAUUUACAACAACAACAAAUUAAUAAUCAUCAAUCACAGCCAUUGAAGGAAGAUUUGCAGAAACAGCAAUUAAACAAUAACUUAUCGAGUCCAGCAGGGGAUACAAUUGGGAGAAUGGUGGGAGUGGAUAAUGUUGCAGCGCCUAGUGUAUUAUCAGAUCCUUUGAUAACCUUGUCAGAUUUUGAAGCUUUAACAACAAAUGAUCUUGAUGCUUUGUUACCAACAUUAAACUGUGAUUUAGAUUCAGCUCUAAGUUUGGAUGACAAAAAUGAAUUGGAAUCACUUUUGCAAGAUGCAAAAGAUCUAGACUUGGAUCUUAUUGAGGAGAAUUUAUCUGCCGUAGGUGUAGAUAUUGAUGAGACAGCAGCUGCAGCGUCAUCGCUUUUAGAUACAGAAACAGCACAUUUGCCACCAAAUGUCACACUUGGUCUUAAUCCAAUGCACUUUGAACAAAAUGGGCAAAUACCACAAAACAUGCAAAAUCAAUCUACUUUUAUUGGUGACGACACAAUAGUGGCCACUCAACAAAAUCAGUUGCAGCUACAGCUAAAUAAUAUUCAAUCACGGGUUCAGGUUAUGCAAAAUCGAUUUAAACAGGAAGACAAUGUGUUUAUGCUAAAUAAUGCAUCUAAUCUGAAAAUGCAGUUACCUCAAGACAUAUCCCAUUCUGUACAACUAAUGCAACAUCAAAAUCAACAUUUGCAAGAGCAGUUUACGUUUCAUAGAAGUAAACCAAGCGGAAGAGGAGAGGAUUCUUCAUCUACUCAGAAGCAAUUUCUAAUAAAUCCUCUAACCGGUGUAAUGGAACCAAUGCAAAGUGAUGAUAGCGAAACAGAGGCAGAACAGGAAACUCAGCACAUGAGUUCUAUGUCGAAGAAACCACGAGCAGUGUCGUCAAUGAUUGACACCUUUAGUUGUAAUCAGUCUACGGAAAGUCUACCAAAUACUUUAUUUUUAGAGGAUGAUUCAAAUUCAUGUGGAACCUCCGUGUCAAAAAUUUCAGCCAAUGAACAAAAUAACGGGAUCAUACCUGGAGCGGGAAGUGAUACAGAACGCUCACGAGAUUCCUUACUUUCCAACAAAUCCUGUCGAAGUAUAAAUCAUGCUAAACGCGAUGGCAGUUAUAUGCAUAACAAAUCAGUUACUUCUCUUAACAAUAUUAAGGAUUACGGAACGAUUAAAUCACCAAUUACAAAUUUAACCACAGGAACGACAUCUGCGGCUACUCAUGUUCUACAAAAGAAAUCAAAGUCAAAUACGUUACGUGAAAAACAACAGAAUAAUUUAAAAGAGAAAAGGCAAGAAACAAACGCCAUCUCAGGAGCUACAAAACCGAAAAGAACAAAAGCAAAUCCUAAAUCGAAGGUUGUUGCUGCAUUAUCAUGUACGAAUACAACACCUUCAACUACGUUGCCAGAACCUAUACCCAUAUUAGCAACUUCACGAACAUCGGAAAUGUAUAAUAAUAAUGAGAAAAUAAAAUUACGUUUAAAGUUGGAAAAGAAGGAACCAGUGCCUCCUGCCUAUAAAGUAGAUGUUUCUAUUGUAGCUUCACCAAAGCCUACAGUUUCGGAAAUUCCGACCUCGAGCGCGUUAAGCGUAUCAAAUCAAAGUAAUAAUAGUGUUUUGCAUAACAAAAAUAUAAACCAAAAUGCAACACUUUUAUCGGUUCCUUCACCACAGGCACAGAGUCAGUUAGAACACCCUUCUCUUGUACAACAUCAAUCGAUUGCCUUCACAGAUUUUACGCAACCGCAAAUAGCUGCAAAUGUUAGUCCGAAUAGUACAACCGAUGAACCACGAGUACCCCCAUUACACAUCAGUCUAAGGGGUGGCAAAAACUCAAUUGUGAUUAAAAGUAGUCGAAAAGAUCGUAAGAAGCCACAGAGUUUGCCAAAUACAUCUUCAUUCGUAUCGAGUGGAGAUGGUGAAGAUGUUGGUUCGAAAUGUGCCACUAGUAAACAGUCACAAAUGCAGACAUCACAAAUACCUGAUGAUUGUACAGAGAUUAUGACUCAUGAAAAAACACAACAAUUGUACAUCUCCCCAACCACCACAUCUUCAAUCUUUAGUUGCAGUGGAAGCGGUAACAACUCUGUGACAUUAAUGACAUCAACACGUCUGCCAACAUUGCAAAUUUCCAAUAGUGAACUUACAUCGUCAGCGACGUCAAUGACAACGCCUUCCUUCUUGGGUAACAAGAAUGGGCUCACAAUAAGUGCAAUUAAAUCGCUUGAUGCAAAGAGCGGCAGUAGCUUAAAUGACAAUAAAAAUAUAAUAAUUGGUUCGACUAAUGUGGGUACUCUACCGUUUCCACCACAAGUGUUGCAUCAAGCGCAAUACCAAAAGCAUACGUCACAUCAACUGUCACAAACUUCUAAAGUACCAUCAAGCUUACCUGCUAGCAUAACUGUGAACGCACUACCUAACAAUAAUAUAAUAGCUUGUUCCAGCGACAAUUCUGUAAAUGUGGGAAAUCGUGUUAUAAAUACAAUGAACUUAAAGACAGCAGCCACAAUUACACCUGUUGGUGUUGGUGGGGGCAAACCACUGACAAAAAAUCACAAACCACCAUCUUACAUAACAGCUGUGCAGCAACUGCAACUUCAAAAACAUCAGCAAAAACAGUUGCAGAAUCCAACUCAAUUUGGAGCUCUUAGUGAAAGUCAAUCAUCUCAGCAAACAAUUGUAGCUGUGGCGACUAUGCUACCAAGCGCAACAACGCUAAAACGAGUUACAAUAUCGAAAUCGGCCGCCGAACAAGGUGACCUAGUUGUCAAAUCCGAAAGUGUUACAACACAACCAACAGCAGAAAACAUUGCAAAUACAGAAGUAAAAAUAUCUACUUCGAAUGUACCAACAACAUUAGCGAGUACAAUUGUCGGUUUUAAGAGUCAAUCGCAAGAAAAUCUGCAAAGUGAAUCUGUUUCGGCUAUUCCUAUUACUGUCAUCAAUGGCACCGUAGGCGUUAACAACGUGGUUGUUUCAAGUAAUCAAAGAAAUGUAGUUGGUACUUCGUCACCUGUUCCAAUUAAUGUGACGCUCCGAAAUUCGCCGGCAAGUAACGGAAGCGGAACGCCUGGUCAUGGCAAUGGUAAUGGCACCGGAGAAGACAGUGGUAUUGAGUCAAUGGAUGCGUUAUCUGAAAAAAGUCCGCAUCAACAAUCGUCUAGCAGUCCAACUCAGCAGCAGCUAAUUAGCAGUGGUGGUAUUGUAAGCAACGAAAAGUCUGCAGCAACAUCUAGUGAUGUGAAAAUGUUGAUGAAAAACGACAAAAAGGAAAAUCUAGAUCUUACCAAAAAUAUUAAUGAGGAAAAUAAAGCCGAAAUAAACUUGAAACCGCAAUUAAAAGAUAAUUUGAUGGAUUAUGCAGAUGACGAAAUUGAAAAGGCUUUGGCCAGAAUGGAAGGAUUUAAUGAAGAUUGUUCGGAAAUUCACCAAAACGCAUCAACUAUCGUUAGCACAGUUAGUCCUAAAUCAAUUGCAAAUGUUAAAACUGCGAUUUCUUCAUCCAAAAUCGAAUCAACUAUAAAUGGAGUGUUAUCAGAACAUAUUGACAAAAUUUCAACAGAUAAUACUGAAAAUAAAUUAUCGAAAGAAAUCAUUAAGGAUAAGAGCUCUUCACAAUACACAGAUGAAAAUAGUGUAUUAGAUAAUAAAUAUAAUACAGAGUUAAAUGUUGAAAAACCAAUUUGUUCCAGAAAUGUCAAAACCAAUGAAAAGCUGGCAUCUGUUGAAGGAAGCAGGAUGAAAUUUGAAGCUAAAAAACAAGGCGGUGAAUUAAAUAUUCAGUCACAACGAUCGAAUUCUAUUUAUCCUCCUAUUUCCAUUGAAAUACCAACGCAAAGCGAAAUUGAAUGUAAUCGAAUUCGCACGCGUGCUAGUAGUCGAUUAGAAAGUCCCUUGGAUGUAACUAAAUCAAGUCCAACAAUGUUGCCAACAGCGAAUGAAACAAAUUCAAAUACGGCUGCUACCAAUAAACAACUCAACACAACGCGAGCAUCUUUAAAUGAUAGUGUCAGCCCACAAUUGAACGUGACAGGAGCUGGUAGUGAGACUCAACUUGGUGCAGGCAAUAAGCGUAAGCGUCAAGAAUCAGAUAUUAGCGCUAAUAACUCGCAAAUAACUGAAUGUAGUGAAGAAAAGCGUUUGCGAACAGGAAGUACAAUUUGUGCUACAACCAAUCUUGCAGUUGAUGGUAAUGAUAGGAGUAUGAAUAAUUUGUCUUCAGCAAAUGAAGUACAGGAUAAUUCAAAAAGCAACUGCAGCAGAAAGUGUGAGGAAUCUUCUGACUCUGAUGAACCCCUGAUUGAAGUGGCCGAAAAAGUAAGAAAUUCAAAGGCUGGCAAUGUUGCUAACUUUAGCACUGCUGAAACCGCUAUUCAAGCAACUUUAGUGAAUUUACCAUCAUCAGGAAAAAUUGAUUUCUGCAAUACAUCCAACAUGGAAAAAACCACUCGCAAUAGUCGGGCAAUAAUACCUCCAAAUAAAACCUCUUUCAACACGAUUGGAAGUGUAUCAAACGAGUCUUCCCCUACUAAUCAAAUGAAAUCUGCGACAUCUACGUUAAUAAAUUCAACAACUGGAGCAGUUAAAAAUAUCAAUGAUUCGUCUAACAUCACAGCUUCUGGAGAUUCUAAUGAUAACAAUGUUUCCGCUGGUAUUUCGACCACGUCUAAUGCGCAUUGUACUCGUGGCAAUAUAAAUUCCAACCCCGCCUUUGCUGGUGGAGGCGGAAUAAAUAACAAUAACAUUAGCGAGGAGAAAAUCGGAACACGACGUAGUGUUCGCACAAACGCCGGUAUACAUAAAAAUGUAUACGGCCGCUCGAACAGUUCUGCAUUGCCGUCAACGACGUCGUCUGCACAAAAUGUAGAUCAAGCGAAAGCGUCUAUGUUAUCAAAAAUAACCGGUGUACAUGGAGGUGAAAAUAUGGGUGUCGUUGAAGUCCGGAGGAAAACUAGAAGCGCAGUUAUAGGUGAAGCACAGUUAACUGAAGGACGAAGAAGACGAAACUCUCGCGAUUAUAAGUGACCAUUAUCUUGCGCCUCGGCUACUAUCU